AUGCCUCCAUCCGUCACAAAGAGAUUGGAUCUUACCGUGGUGUGGCAGUUUGUGUAUCUCGGGGACCCAUUGACCUAUCCUGUGGGGUGUCCGCGCGACACUCACAGAGUUUCUCAUACCAGGUUGGCCAAUGGUAUGGGCGCCCUGGCAGUAUCCCGCCAACGUACGACCAUGAACUGCACAAAUACAAAUAAACUCAUGCCACGUUGGCCGUUGCAUGGUGUCACCAGCCGGGUCAUAUUAGUCGAUGCAUACAGCAGGGUGGGUAAUCGAAAGCAGGCUACUGCUGACACCUCCCUUCUUUUUCUUCCACAUACCUUUUCUUCCCCUUCUCUCCACCCCAUUAUUAACCCUCCUCUUUUAGGCCCAGCACUUAGGACUGAUGACUCCAUUCGUUUUGCGUCGGUUUUGGGCGUAGCAUCUGCUCGUCACAUGGCAUCGACAUCGUCAGGUACCUUCAAAUCAAUUUUCAGGCCUCGAUACCCAAACUAUCUGGCAACCUUCAAUGUGCGCAUUCUGAAGCAAGCGGGACAACAAGCUGCUGCGAAACAUCGAAGCGUGGCUGGUUGUGGAUGGCGUCAGCGUGUCAGUAACGAGGCGAUUAGAAAACGGGUAUUUGGUUGUGCUGCAGGCACCUCAAUCCGGGAAAACAUCCAGCAUCACCGACUGCGAUGGCUCGGUCAUGUGCUACGCAUGCCGAAACACCGUCUACUGAAAUCAGUGUUGUUCUUCCUGCCUCCUUCAGGAUGGCGCAAACCGCGAGGUGGACAGCACAUGACUCGGCAAAAAGGCGUGAAAGAGAUCACGAAGAGUUUGGGUGUUGUUGGUGUUGUACGCCUCCCAGGAUGGGGGACCCGUGACCCCGUCUGUGCUUGGCUGGAGACGUUGCAAGAAAUGGUGGCUAAUCGAUGUCAGUGGCGUUCUUGCUCAAAUGGGCGACGACACCUGGACUCGUCCCGAUUUACCCUGUCGUUGUACGUAUACAGUCACAACACCCAUAAGCCAAAGUCCGCAUUUCCACAAACCUUUCGUCCGAAGAUUGCCAAAGAUGUGACCGAAUUGAUCGGGAAUACUCCAUUGGUCCGUCUUAAUCGUAUCCCACAGAGUGAAGGUUUCAACUGCGAAUUCUUGGCAAAGUGCGAAUUUCUAAAUCCUGCGGGUAGCGUGAAAGAGCGAAUUGCUUGGCGAAUGAUUGAAGAGGCAGAAAGAAAAGGUGUAUUGAAACCCGGUGAUACUCUAAUCGAACCGACUUCGGGAAAUACGGGUAUCGGCUUAGCCCUUGUGGCCGCUGUCAAGGGAUACCAUUGUAUAAUUGUCAUGCCUGAAAAGAUGAGUCAAGAAAAGGAGCACAUGCUUCGUGGUCUUGGUGCCGAAAUAGUUCGUACCCGCACGUCGGCAGUUUUUGACGAAGAGGACUCGCACAUCCGGACGGCGGAACGCAUCAAGCAACAACUCGGCCCACGUGCUCACAUUCUCAAUCAGUACACAAAUGAGUAUAAUCCAAUUGCGCAUUAUGAUCAAACGGCGGAGGAGAUUUUGAACGAUUGUGCAGGGGAAGAUGGCACAGUCAAACUUGAUCUCAUAGUCAUUGGGGCUGGUACUGGUGGAACGGUGACAGGAUUGUCGCGGAAACUGAAGGAGAAAAUUCCCAACUGUGAGAUUGUUGCGGUCGAUCCUGAGGGCUCCAUUCUGGCUCACACAACAACCGAUAUACAUGACCCGUACGAAGUCGAAGGAAUUGGCUACGACUUUAUUCCAACUGUGCUGGAUCGAUCCGGGGUUGACAAAUGGUACAAAACGUCGGAUCAAGAAUCCCUACUGAUGGCUCGUAGACUCAUCCGAGAGGAAGGACUUUUGUGCGGUGGAAGUAGCGGAGCUGCUCUGGUUGUGGCGCUCCGAGCAGCUCAUGAUUACAAACUUGGUGAAGGACACCGAUUGCUCAUCAUCUUGCCUGAUUCAAUACGUAACUACAUGACCAAACUCCUCUCGGACAUGUGGAUGUACAACCGGAACUUUAUUGAUUUUCCCGAUGCAAAAGAGUUCCGCACCCAUUGGACGCAGCGUUCGACAAGAGAUUUAUUGAAGACUGUCGCCAAAGCGACAAGCAUCUCCUCUGACUGUACAAUCAGACAAGCCGUUGAACAUUUGAAGGAAGCAAACCUGCAACAUGCUAUUGUGAUGGAUUUCAAAGGCAGCACAGAAAUUUUGGGUGUGUUCUACGCGGCAGCGCUGCAGUCGCUUCUCACAGGAUCUGCUUCAGUCGAUGAUCCGGUGCUAAAAGCCACGAACAAGAGCGUCCGCAAGUACAAUACGACGGUGGAUGUAGAAGAACUCGGACGACGUCUGAUUAUCGAGCCUCACGUGGUUGUUCAAGAUGACGACAGGACAAGCCACUGGUGGUCAAAAAAUGGCUUGGCAGCAAAGCGUAAAAGCGAUUUUGAGAGAAUUCACCUGCACUGGUUGUUGCCGUCUCCCUUGAUGGGGACGCCGAGACGGAAUACAUCGAUGGUUAGAGACAUUGUCAGACACGGCUCUGUCGCGUCCUCAACGGCGCUCUGCACCAAUUUAUCAGCUCCCGCCUCCAAUGCGCAGCCACCUACCCCAUCUCCCCAAAUUAUCGGUGAACAAAAAUGUGUCACCCAUCAACGUACCACAAGCGUGUCUGGUACAUCUGACUCCUUUUGUCGGAAAACUUUGGGAGUGCGUUCAGCGAGUAUCCAUGAAGUGUGGAACUCUGACGAUGAGUGGCGUUUCGUACCGGAUUCGGACAAGUAUCGCUGUUCAGCCAUGGACUGUCUAUGUCCAAGGGGCGCAUGGAGGGGAAAGACUGAGCAUUCUGUGUUUCAACAGUUAGAACGUCACAUUGUUGACAAUGAUUUUCCAUAUUCAGUGUGGAUGCUGAGCGCUUUAUUCGUCCGCAUUGAGAACAAGACCGGUAAAUCGGUUCAGUCAUUGGAUUGUCGGAGUUUGUCGAUUCUCCAUAAGCGAAAACAUGCUACUGCUGGCGCCUCCCUUCUUACACUUUCACGUUUUCCGUCUUCCACCCUCCCCCACCCAAAUUUGAAUACUUUAUCCGCAGGUUCCAGCCCUAGGACUGACCGUUUUGCUCGCCCUACAUCACACUCAGCUGCAGCUUCUGCACGUCCGAGUUCACUUAAAACCCUAAACACUUCGAAGUCUGUUUUCAAACCCCGAAAGCCUGUCUACUUAGCCACUUUCAAUGUUCGCACACUGAAGCAAGCAGGUCAACAGGUGGCUCUUGCGCGUACGCUGGAUUCCCUUUGUAUUGAUGUAUGUUGUCUGUCAGAAACAAGGACGCAGGACGCAAGUACUGUAAUCGAACUGACUGCCCCCUCGCUCUCUUCCAGGUUCCGACUGCGCACCUCUGGUGAUGCAGAGGCCGCUGCAGCUGGAUAUGCUGGGGUGGGUAUUGUAUUGAGCGAACGAGCGGAAGCGUCUCUGCUUGAUUGGAUACCCGUAGACAGUCGCCUCUGUGCGGUUCGUUUGGCAACAUCGGUGAGAGAAUCUAGAGGAAGUGAGGUUCAUCGCACCUUGUUUAUUGUUUCUGCUUACGCCCCAACUGACUGUAGCUCUGAAUCUGCCAAGGACAGUUUCUAUGACGCUCUAGGUGCCCUUCUACAACAGGCUAAAAGCUCAGAUAUCGUUGUGGUUGCUGGUGAUAUGAACGCCCAGGUAGGUAGACUAAGCGCUGCUGAGGCCCGAUUGGGUGGUCGUCUUGGUUUGGACACUAGACGCACGGACAACGGAGACCGCUUACUUCAGAUGUGUGCCGAUCACAGGCUGUUCCUUUGCAGUACGAAUUUCCGGAACAGCGGAAAUCGCUUGACAACGUGGUGCCCACCAUCAAACCAGCGCCGAAUCCAAAUAGACCACAUCGCCGUCAGUUAUCGGUGGCGCCUGCCGCUCCUUCUGGAACACCAGCGUGUACGCAAAUCGCGCACACCUCGCUUAGCCAUUGAGAAGCUAGUUGACCCAGAAACCAAACGAAACUAUCAGAACCAGCUCCUCGAAUGCCUGCCGGACGGUACGGUGUCAGAUAUAAACAGCCACUGGGAAAAAUUACCCAACGCGUUACUCAAAGCAGGAGCGUCUGCUUGCGGUACAACCCAGCCAACCUCAUCCAGGUAUUGUAUCUCUGAUAGGACCGUGUCUUUUCUGGAGACCCGGCGACAGAUUCCACCUGGUCUCCACCACAACUUCAUGCGCAUUAUCCGACGCCAGGUGAAACUGAGUGUCUGCGCAGACCGAAGGGUCGAAGAAAUGCAACAUACAAAGAAUGCUCGACCGGGUAGAGGCUGCGUUGACCACAUCUUCACACUCCGUCCGGUGUUAGAGCAACGCCACGUGUACAGACGACCCAAAAUCCUGGUAUUCCUUGACUUCAAGGGUGCGUUCGAUUCUGUUGAUCGAUCAGUUCUGUCAACUACACUUGCUCAACAUGGUAUGCCCCAGAAGUUUGUAAACAUAAUCCGAUCUCUAUAUUCACAUACUUCUGGGCGGGUGAGGGUGUAUGGUGAGCUCUCCAAAAGCUUUCCUACAAAAAGUGGUGUCAGACAAAGAUGUCCACUCUCCCCAUUCUUGUUCAACUUCGUCAUCGAUGAAAUAAUGAGGCGAAACUCCGGCGUUCACAUUGUUGGCUCGUGA